ACCCAUCACAGAUCGUCAGUUGAGCGCGCGCAGCGCUGUUGUUCAGACGUGUGUCACGUGUAUUAAGCGCGCCAUUUUUACGACUCAAAAAAAUAAAGUUCUGUAUUUAGUGCAGUGGUUAAGUGAUUGUGUUGUGUUUAAUGAUAAGCCUUUAAGAUGCAGUGUUCGUGAAAACAACUGGCACGCGAUAAAGUGAUAUUAAAAACGAAACGAAUUCGAAAUUCAAAAGGAGGUUUUAAUUGUUCUCUUUUAAAAAUAGAUUUUAAAUAAACGCAUUCGAAAUUUAAAAAGAAAUUAAUGUAAAUUCAAGUGUGUUCUAAAAGUAGAAAUACAAAAGAGGUUUUAAUCGUCCAAUUCAAAAACCAUUUAUAAUUAAAAAAAUCAGUGUUCGAUAUAAGUGAAUGUGAGUUUUAUCGUCUUGGAAAUAAGAUUGAAAGUGGCAUAUCAGUGUGUGGUAUAAUGUGUUGGGAAUAUGGAUGAGCAGAUACAUAAGACUUGCGUGAGGGUCAACUCUGCAGAGGAGGAGGAGUCCAGGGAUGAAGUGGAUCAUGAUCUACCAAAGAAGAACCCAUUUAUACGAGGCUCUGACCCUCGCGUGGCGACGUGUCGGGGUCGGCUACAGACGCGCCGCUGCCAACUCAACCAGGAGAUCAACAAGGAGCUGAGAUUGCGCGCAGGAGCUGAAAAUCUAUUUAAGGCGACGACGAACCGUAAACUACGAGAGACAGUGGCGCUGGAGCUGAGCUUCGUCAACUCCAAUCUGCAACUGCUGAAAGAGCAGUUAGCAGAGCUCAACUCCUCAGUGGAACUAUACCAGAACGACAGCAAAGAAUGCCUGAUGCCAAUGAUCCCUUUGGGUCUGAAAGAGACGAAAGAGGUGGACUUCCGUGAGCCAUUCAAAGACUUCAUUUUGGAACACUACAGCGAAGACGCAGCUGCAUACGAAGACGCCAUCUCUGAUUUUAUGGAUAUGAGACAGGCGAUGCGAACUCCAGUCCGUUCUACAGUCGGCGUCGCGCUGUUGUUCAAAUAUUAUAAUCAAUUGUAUUUCAUUGAACGACGCUUCUUCCCACCAGACCGCUCUCUAGGCGUCUACUUUGAAUGGUUCGACUCUUUAACUGGAGUACCAUCAUGUCAGCGCACGGUUGCAUUUGAAAAGGCCUGCGUACUGUUCAACAUGGCUGGUAUCUAUACACAGAUCGGUGCUAAACAGGAACGCACGACAUGUUCUGGUCUGGACGGCGCUGUGGACGCGCUGCUCCGUGCUGCGGGCGCACUACGCUAUAUACAUGAGAACUUCACAAACGCGCCAUCUGUUGACCUCGCUGCGGACACACUGCUUGUACUCGGCACACUCAUGACGGCGCAAGCACGCGAGUGUCUAUUCGAGAAGCUACAACUACAGGCGCGGGAAGCACGCGGCGAAGCUCUACCUGCAGACUUUGACAUGUGCCUUGAUCUCGCGCAGGAGAGCGCUCAACUAGCACACGUCUACAAACAACUAUACGAUAAAAUGCAGACAGAAGGUGUAUUCAACUACGUGCCAUACUCGUGGGUGUCACUUGUCCACGUCAAGACUGAGUUCUAUAAAGCGUUAGCGCAUCAGUACUGCGGCGUGGCGCUGCUGCAGGCGCCGGGCGCGCGCGCUGCAGACCGCCUCGCUCAGCUGCACGCACCGGACCGCACGCAGGGGUCCAACAAUAGCGUGUCCGAUGUAGAACCAGUAGCGCUGGGUCGAGCGCAUCUCGCUGAAGCACUCGCGCUGUACGAGGAGGCGCUGCGACUGCAGAGGAUGUGCAGAGAGCUGCGCGGCAAGGAGGCGCUGUGUCGGUGUGUGUCGGCGCAGCGCGAGAGAGCGGCGCAGGCGCGGGCGCGCGGCGGCAACGAGGAGCCGGACUUUGCCGACAUCAUAGACGCGCCGCCCAUACUGCCUGCAUCUAAAUUUGAACUAGCAUUAACACCACCUGACUUCGCUCAACAUCGCGUUGAAGAUUUAUUCAAAUCUCUGGGACCCAUUGCUGUGUUCUCCGCGAAACGACACUGGAGCGCUCCCCGUCUCAUCCAACUCCAGAAGAACACGGAGAAGAGAAGAGAAGCGCGACGGGAAAGAAAGAACGGCAGAGAAGAAGACAAACUCAGAAGACGACUGAGCGAUAAACGCGACCAUUCAGAAGAUAACAGCACGUACUACAACCAAAUAAGAGACGAGAAGAUUCUAGAUGAGAAGAGAGUUACGAAACAAAAUGGCGUCUAUAUAAACAGUUAUAAUAAUAAUAACUACGACUACCAUCAUAAGGUUAUCGAAUACGAUCGAUACGAUUUUACUACUGAGAUAGAGAAGGAAUCCAAGUUAAAGAACGGAAGAGAAAGAGAACGGAAAGAGUUGAGAAGAGUGGCGAGUGAAUACAAUGUGGCCAAUAACAAGGAUGAAGAAGGUUUCGGAUUUACUGUGAGGGGAGAUGCGCCUGUAGUUAUCGCCGCCGUGGAACCUAACUCUUUGGCUGAUAUCGGUGGCAUGCGUGAGGGUGACUUCAUAAUCUCAAUCGGGGAGAAGGACGUGAAGUGGAGCGCGCACAGCGAGGUGGUGCGUCUGAUCCAGCAGGCAGGACCCGCGCUCACACUGCGCCUCGCCACACCAAUGGACACCUCUCAUAAGGCGAGAGUGCGUGGCACUGAGGUGGGUGGUCAGCGCGGGUCACAGCAGGGCUCCGUGUCUGGUGCAUCCAGCGCAUCCAGCGGCUCAACAGCGACUUCUGGCCGCACCCCGCGCUCACACUCCCCGCGCAGCCCCCGCCGUGCACCCUCCUGGAACCCCUUCCGCCGCGCCACCGCCACGCUCUCACACAACCACAUCAACCUCACGCACAGAUAAUCUGCAACGUACGUCGGUAAAACAGUACGAUACCGUCGGUAAAACACCAACACACUGUUGGUAAAACAGUCUGAUACCGACCUCAAAACUGUACGACGCCGUCAGUAAAACAGUUUCAAAUUUACAUUUCUACGUCCCGGUUUUACAGACGAAUAAGUAAACUAUCGUGUAAUUUAUUCCUCGUUAGUUCCUUUUUAACUUCUUCCUUUUUCUUUUAAAAAAAUAUAUUUUAAAAAACUUGUUUGUUUGCCGCCUUUUUCUUUU